AAAUAAUUGACCAUACAAAAUGGCACUCUCAUAUUCCUCAGUCUCAUUUCUGAUAGUUUCUCUACUGUCAAUCUUCUUCACGUUAACAAGCGUGAAAGCCGAUUUGAUAGAUAGUGUUUGUUCGAAAUCUUCAGACAAGGUUGUGUGUUUUUCUGCUUUAAGAGAUGAUCCUCGAUCCAAAGGUGCAAAUCCCGAAGGUCUCGCGGCGAUUGCAAUAGAGUUAUCACAAAAGAAAGCCACAUCAGUGUAUAGUCUUGUUAGUGCAUUGCUUAAACAGACUACAGAUCCUAAAUUAAAGAUGCGAUACAGUUCGUGUUUGGAGACUUUUAACGACGCUAUUAAUAAUCUUGGAAAAUUGCCAGGAUAUUUGAAGUCUAAAGACUAUUACAAUUUGAGUACUCAUGCUUCUGCUGCUAUAGGUGCUCCAACAACAUGUGAUAACAACUUUUUAGAAGCACCAGCUGAAGUGCUCCAACUCAGAGAUGCAAGUCACAAUCUUCGAGGACUUAUCGAUGUCAUUUUGUGUCUUUGCUUUUUUCUGUAAGGGUGAUACAAAGCCGUGGAUAGAUUUAUCCGAGGCAUGUUAAAAAUUUGAAUGAAGUUUGACAGAGAUUAUGGAAAAAUUGAAAGAGAAUUGAAUGAGAAAAAUUUUCUUUUCCUUUAUUGAAUAAAUGAAUGAUUGAAUUGAUCGAGUUAA